UUGUUUCGAUGCCCUGUAUAUUUAUAGCACGAGUGACGUAGCCGCAGUGCAAUUCCCUUCCAAAAGCCCGUCCCGAAUUCCAGAGAGCUCCGGCGCUGUUUUUGUCCCGGGUUGUCGUAGCGGGGGAGGGACGCUGCGCGGUGGGCGGGCUGGCUGGAGGUGCUUUUCAUCUUGUUGUGUUUUCAGUUACUCGCAUCGCCAUCUUGUUGCAACCCCUCGCCUUGUCUGGAGCGCUUCUUGCGAGAGGGGAUCAAGAUUGGGUUGGCCGUUGAGCGGAAUCCGAGGAGGCCGAGAGCAAAGAAGAAGAAGAAGAAAAAAAAGCGCAGAUCUGCAAGACUUCACUUGAAAGCAGGCGGGUACCGAAAGCAGGCGAGAGAUGAGCAUCGAGACGCUUUUAGAAGCAGCCAGGUUUCUAGAAUGGGAAGCACAGCAACAACAGAAAACACGUGAUGAGGAUGAGAAGCGUGAGAAGUUGCAGCUGGACUGGGAGGAGCAAGUGGACCGGAAGCCCGUGGUGGUUGCGCUUCCUGCGCAGAUGCGGGUGAAUCAUGUGACCCGUGGCGAGGAGGCGUGUCCAGAGCAUCGGCCCACCCCGGUCCCGCCUCCUCCCCCGCCCCCUCCCGUCCAAGUCGCACUCAUUCCCGUGGUAACCAGCCCUACUGCCCUGGCCCUGUCCUCCGUCGUCACGCUCUCCCCCCCAGGGAUAGAGUCUCCACAGCGCCUCCCGUUGGGCCCCGCUGUGAAGGUCGAGCCCGUCACGCCUCCACACUCCUGUAGCCCCAAGCAGCAGCAUCAGCUGGUACAGACCUACCAGACUCCCAUCAUCACAGCCUCUCCGCACCACCUGAUCCAUCAGCCGGUCCCAACCCAGACGCAGGCUUCGCAUCAGCUGCAGUCCAACGCAGGGGUCAAACUGAGCAGUCUUGAGGAGGCCAGACACCUGGAGCAGAAGAGACGGCCUGGAGGGGCAGGGACAAGAGAAGUACACAACAAGCUUGAAAAAAACAGACGAGCGCACCUGAAGGAAUGUUUCGAGUCUCUGAAGAGGAACAUCCCAAACGUGGACGACAAGAAGACGUCUAACCUCAGUGUGCUACGGAGUGGCUUGAGAUAUAUCCAGACCCUGAAGAGGAAGGAGAAGGAGUAUGAGCAUGAGAUGGAGCGCCUGGCCCGUGAGAAGAUCUCCAUGCAGCAGCGACUGGCCGACCUGAAGAAUGAGCUGACCCAGUGGAUGGACGUGCUGGAGAUCGAGCGCGUGCUGCGCCAGACCGUGCAGCCCGAGGACGACCAGGUGUCCACCUCGACCGCCUCAGAGGGUGAAGACAACUUCGACCAGGACAUUGAUGAUGAGAGGCCUGCCCUGCCGCACAGCUCCCUGCCCAGAGUACCUCCACGCCUGCAUCCUGAGCUCCUGAAGGCUCUCCCGACCUCCUCCAUCCUGCCUCAGCACAUCUCCAUCCAGCAGCACAGGCCCCAGCAGCCCUCCGCGACGGUGACAGCUCCACUCCAGGCCCAGGCUUUGGUGGCCCCUCAGGCCAUGAUGCCCACCCAUACCCACAUAGUCCAGCCCACGGUCAUCGCCCAUGCGGCUGCCACAGCCUCCCACGCCUCCGUCAUCCAAGCGGUGAACCACGUGAUCCAGGCUGGCUCCAAACACAUCGCCCACAUUGCCCCUUCCACGUCGAACUCUAUGCAGCUCACCACCACGGCCCAGCCCAUCGGCCACAUCACGGUCCACCCUGCCACCCUGAACCACGUCACCCACCUCAGCCACCACCUGCCCACCAUUUACCCCCAACCCAUGGCAGUCUCCCAGCCUGCAGUCAUGAGCCACAUUGCCCACACGCUGUCCCACGCCCAGGUGAAUGGCACGCCCCCAAGCCAGCAAGCAGCCAGCAUGGUGGGUAAGCAGGCAGCAGUGGGGGCCCAGGUGGUAGCCCAUCACCCGCAGCUGGUAGGCCAGACAGUGCUGAACCCAGUAACUAUGGUAACCAUGCCUUCCUUUCCUGUGAGCACACUCAAGCUGGCCUGAGACACACGCGAAGGGUGGGGGGGAUAAGAAAGGGUUUUUGGGUUCAUUGUAACUCUGGACAACUUUAAAAGUAAAUACAAAAACAAUCCUAAAAUAAAAAAAAAUAUAUGUAUAUAUAUCUAUUAGAAUUUAAAUUUAAAACAAAAAACUAUAAUGAAACAAAAGAACUGUAAACUCUACAUUCCUGAUUUCAGUCAAGAAACAUCAUUUUUGUUUCUCACAGAGGACUGUGACGAAUGGGGUAAGAUCGUGCUUGAGGCCUCUAUUG